AUGCUUGUGAUAUCUUUUUUAAGUUUUCGGAAUUAUAAUGAAGAUGACUUCAAAUCUCAGAUCAAACCGAAACCGUCUGAAGAAUUAAAAGGAUUUUUGCCUUUAAAAGAUUUUAAUGACACAAAUUUAUCAAAAUCUGAGAGAAUUUUCUUCAUUGAAAGUUCAGGCGUUAAGUUGGGAUCAAGUGAUAUUGGCGAUUUGAAAGAACGUGCCUCAUGUAGUAUCGAAUCGGCAGCUCUAUUGAAUCCCGAUUCAAUAAUUUAUGUUAUUUUUGUAUCAAGAAUAAAAUUAAACAUCUCAGAGACUGUCAAGUCAAUAAUGAACUAUAAAAACGUGGAGCUUUGCAGAAUCAAUUUAAGAGAUUUUAUUCAAGGUUCAAUUGCUGAAAGUUGGAUUGAAAGUGACAAACUUUAUGACUCUUCAUUUCUGGGAAAUAAUAUUUCAAAUUUCUUGAGGCUUUUUCUUCUUUUAAAAUAUGGAGGAACAUAUUUAGAUACUGAUGUCAUAUCUAAGGCAUCGAUAAAUUCCAUUGAAGAGAACAAUUUUAUUGGUGUUGAAAGUUUUGACGAACAACACAACACUUCUCUUAUAAACAAUGCUAUUAUGAGAUUCGAAUCUAUGUCAAUUGGACAUGAGUUAGUAGAAAAGUUUUUGAGUGAAUUCAUGACAAAUUAUAAUGGCCAUGCAUGGGCGUGGAAUGGACCUCACCUUGUAACACAAGUGAUAAACAAAUUUUGUGAUCUUCCAAGGAAACCAAUUAAUGAGAAGUACAAUUGCUCUGGUGUAACAAUCUUACCAACUAAAAUGUGUAGUGAGAUAUCAUUUAGAGAAAUCGGCGUUCUGUUUUCAGAAGAUUCUUCAGUUUAUGAAAAAACUCUUGAGAGAAUAAAAGAUUCAAGUCUUGUGCAUUUGUUUAAUCGCAUGAGUCAGGGGCACAAAGUAAGAACUAAUUCGAAAACAGCAAUUAUAGAAAUGGCAAAACAAUAUUGUCCAAUAGUGUUAAGCAAUUCAGUUCUUCAAGCUUCCUUUCUUCAGCUUUUUCAGCAGAUCUUGAGAAAAAAUGUUCAAUAA